AUGGCAGACAGCACAGCACCAGCAACCGCCACCACCACCACCAGCCCUCCCGCCCAAUGGCAGGGCACUCUGGCCUUCGGCAACCGCCGCCACUCCCCUGGCCGUCAGGUCACACAGCACCGGGAGCUGCUCCCGCCAAGCUUGUCAGCAACAGCAGCAGCAUCGUCGUCGUCUUCUUCGGAAGAGAGUGUGCGCCGCCCACCAGUGGCAAGAGCCGAGCGCCAGUAUAGAAUUGCCGUUAGAGCAUGGGAAGGUCGCCGCCGCAGGGCACAGCAAGAUUUCCGCCGCCGUCUUUUGGAGUCGCAGCACGAGGCGCAGCAGAGAGAAGAGGAGAAUGAGGACAUCGAGGAGGUGAACAGCAUUUUGGGGGGCGCAGACGGCAGCGUGGAGUUGGGUUACGAGGGAAUGUUGGCGUUGUUGGAGUUUAUGGCGUUGGCGGUGGAGGUGGAGAGGUAG